ACUUGCAAUAUGAGAAUACAUAUAUGCGAAAAAUUACAGAAAUGCAGGAUGAAAUAAUUUCUCUAAAACAGCAAGUUAUUGAUCUUAAGAAUGAGAAUAUAAGGCUUAGCAAUCUUAUAUCUAAAAAUAAGACUGAGACUAGUAAACAAAAUGAUAUAUCAAGUGAUGAUGAAGAAUAUUAUUCAGUAGAUGAUGGGCUAGACAAUUUAUUUGACCGUUAUUGUAAAACUU